GGUACCCGGAGCAGUCGCCGCUGCCGCCUCAGCCCCGCUGCCGGGACCCCCGCCCUCACCUGGGCUUCCCUUACCCGGGGGACCCAGCCAGGUCUCUAGAGGCUUCUGGAAGAGAAGUGGGCAGCCCUUCCCAAGUUAUCCUGGCUCCUCAGCUUAGCCCCACCAACCUGGCUUCCCCUUCCCUUCCUUUCCCCCACUACCCCUCUCUCUUACCCACCCACCCAGCUGAACUAGGUGAAGGCCAAGGCUCCUCUCCCUCCUUCUUGCUCCCCUUAGAUGCUCACUGACCAGGUCCUAUUUCCUUUUAUUCUGUACCCAGAGAUACUCGAGCACACUUCCUCUACAUAGCUGUGGGGAAGGGUCCUCCUGACUCCGCAAGUUCUUGAGCAAAAAGCUGAAGAAGGAGCAAGGGGUGGGGGUGAUCUGGUGAACUGCCCCCAAAGCCCCAUCAUGGAAGAGAGCUUCCGAGACCGGGCAGCUUUCAUCCGUGGGGCCAAGGACAUCGCCAAGGAAGUCAAGAAGCAUGCAGCCAAGAAGGUGGUGAAGGGCCUGGACAGAGUCCAGGACGAAUAUUCCCGCAGAUCCUACUCCCGCUUUACAGAGGAUGAUGAUGAUGAUGACUACCCUGCCCCCGCUGAUGGCUAUUACCGUGGGGAAGUGACCCAGGACGAGGAGGAAGGUGGUGCAUCCAGCGAUGCCACUGAGGGCCAUGAUGAGGAUGAUGAGAUCUACGAGGGGGAGUAUCAGGGCAUCCCCCGGGCAGAGUCUGGGGGCAAAGGCGAGCGGAUGGCAGAUGGGGCACCCCUGGCUGGAGUGAGGGGGGGCUUGGGUGAGGGGGAGGGCCCCCCUGGAGCCCGGGGGGAGGCACAGCUGCGGAAAGAGAGGGAAGAACUGGCCCAGCAGUACGAGGCCAUCCUACGGGAGUGUGGCCACGGCCGCUUCCAGUGGACACUCUAUUUCGUGCUUGGUCUGGCGCUGAUGGCUGACGGUGUCGAGGUCUUCGUGGUGGGCUUCGUGCUGCCCAGUGCUGAGAAGGAUAUGUGCCUGUCUGACUCCAACAAGGGCAUGCUGGGCCUCAUCGUCUACCUGGGCAUGAUGGUGGGAGCCUUCCUCUGGGGGGGUCUGGCUGACCGGCUGGGUCGGAGACAGUGUCUACUCAUUUCACUCUCAGUCAACAGCGUCUUCGCCUUUUUCUCAUCCUUCGUCCAGGGUUAUGGCACUUUCCUCUUCUGCCGCCUCCUUUCUGGUGUUGGGAUUGGAGGGUCCAUCCCCAUUGUCUUCUCCUAUUUCUCGGAGUUCCUGGCACAGGAGAAGCGUGGGGAGCACUUGAGCUGGCUCUGCAUGUUUUGGAUGAUUGGUGGCGUGUACGCAGCUGCUAUGGCCUGGGCCAUCAUCCCCCACUAUGGGUGGAGUUUUCAGAUGGGUUCUGCUUACCAGUUCCACAGCUGGAGGGUCUUUGUCCUCGUCUGCGCCUUUCCAUCUCUGUUUGCCAUUGGGGCUCUGACCACGCAGCCUGAAAGCCCCCGCUUCUUCCUGGAGAAUGGGAAGCAUGAUGAAGCCUGGAUGGUGCUGAAGCAAGUCCAUGACACCAACAUGCGAGCCAAGGGGCAUCCUGAGCGAGUGUUCUCAGUAACCCACAUUAAGACAAUUCGUCAGGAGGACGAGUUGAUUGAGAUCCAGUCAGACACAGGGACCUGGUACCAGCGCUGGGGAGUCCGGGCCUUAAGUCUAGGGGGGCAGGUUUGGGGGAAUUUCCUCUCCUGUUUUGGUCCAGAAUACAGGCGCAUCACCCUGAUGAUGAUGGGUGUGUGGUUCACCAUGUCAUUCAGCUACUAUGGCCUGACCGUCUGGUUUCCCGACAUGAUCCGCCACCUCCAGGCAGUGGACUACGCAGCCCGCACGAAAGUGUUCGCUGGGGAGCAUGUAGAGCAUGUGACUUUUAACUUCACACUGGAGAACCAGAUCCACCGAGGCGGGCAGUACUUCAAUGACAAGUUCAUUGGGCUGCGUCUGAAGUCAGUGUCCUUUGAGGAUUCCCUAUUUGAGGAGUGUUAUUUCGAGGAUGUCACAUCCAGCAAUACGUUCUUCCGGAACUGUACAUUCAUCAACACCGUGUUCUAUAACACUGACCUCUUUGAGUACAAGUUUGUGAACAGCCGUCUGGUGAACAGCACGUUCCUGCACAACAAGGAGGGCUGCCCGCUGGACGUCACAGGGACGGGUGAAGGGGCCUACAUGGUGUACUUCGUCAGCUUCUUGGGGACGCUGGCUGUGCUUCCCGGGAACAUCGUGUCUGCCCUGCUCAUGGACAAGAUCGGCAGACUGCGCAUGCUCGCUGGCUCCAGCGUGAUGUCCUGCGUCUCCUGCUUCUUCCUGUCUUUUGGGAACAGCGAGUCAGCCAUGAUUGCUCUGCUCUGCCUUUUUGGGGGUGUCAGCAUUGCAUCCUGGAACGCGCUGGACGUGCUGACUGUCGAGCUCUACCCCUCGGACAAGAGGACCACAGCCUUUGGCUUCCUGAAUGCCCUGUGCAAGCUGGCAGCUGUGCUGGGGAUCAGCAUCUUCACAUCCUUCGUGGGAAUCACCAAGGCCGCCCCCAUCCUCUUUGCCUCGGCUGCUCUUGCCCUCGGCAGUUCUCUGGCCCUGAAGCUGCCCGAGACCCGGGGGCAGGUGCUGCAGUGACAGGAUCCCUGGGCUUCGGGGACGGCAGGCACACUGUGAGACCAACAGCUCCUCCUUGCCCUCCCUGACCCGCCAUCCUGGCCCCCAGAGCGCUCACUGCCCAACUCCUCAGCCUGCGUUUGGUGUCUUAGCUGGGUGUAUCUGUGUGGGUGUGUGUGUG